AUGAAACGCAAUGCUCACACGGCAAAUUCCUCUUUAAACGAAACUAAUAAUAAUAAUAAUAAUUCUUCUAAACGUUGUUGCAUUGAAAAAGAUAAUAAAAAUUGUGUUGCAAGUAAUUCAUUGACUGCAUCUUCAUCAACAAUUGAUAAUAUUUCGUGUUCAUUGGUUUCAUCAUCAACAUCAACUGAUUUAUUAAAUAUGGAAGAAAAUAUGGAAACAUUAAUAAAUAUGGGCUUUACUGAUCGAGAAUUAAAUCGUAAAGUAUUAACUAAAGUUGGAAAUGAUAUUGCUGAAGCUGUUACAUAUCUUACGGGUUCAACGUUUUUUAAUGAUGAUGCUAUUAUACCAAAUGACACAAGAACAAUAUCAACAUUUAUUGGUCCCCUUACAAAAGAACAAAUGGAACAACAACAGCAACAACCACAACAAAUUAUUCCCUUGGAUAAUAAUAAUUCAAAUAUAUCAUCCGAUGAUUUAUCAAUGAGUAAUUCAAAUUCAUUUACAACUACUGCUUUUCUUGAUCUUGAAACAAAAGUCUAUGGAGAUAAUUGGUCAAUUCCUUAUAAACGCGAAGAAGUUCUCGGCCGAUGUCUUUUAUCCGCUACUAGACUUGCACUUGCAGGUAUCGCUGAUCAAGAUGAACACUGUAAAAAAUUUAUGGAAAUUUUAAUCCCUGAUGCAUUUCGAAAAUUACAAUGUUCUCAUCAUGUUAAUAAUUGGGGUGUUGAAGUUCAAUUAGGUGUAUUCGAUAUGGUACAAUUAUUAAUUGAUUUAAUUGCUGCACGUCUAUCUUAUUCUCCAGUCCCUAUACAAUUACUUGAAACCUUAGCUAUACUUUUUGAUCAUGAUUCAGUUUUUCAACGCAAACAUAAAAGUAAAUCAUAUGAUCGUACACUUUAUGAUAAACAAUUAGGUGAACGUAUAUUGGCUAAUUCAUCAUCAUCAACAUUUUCUGUUUAUAAUCGAAAUGAACCAUAUGGUUGGUUAUGUGAAAUAAUAAAUCGUUUUGUUUUAAAAGAUGGUAUACAAAAUUUAAAAGGACAAUUUAAAAAUGAACAACCAUUAACAGCUCUUGAAUACAAUGCAUUACUCUCACCAUUUGUUAAUUGUAUGGAUUAUAUAUUCGUUGAUAAAUAUCGACAAUUAUUUAGUGAACAUAUUGAACAAGCAUUAGACUAUGUUAAAAAUUUAAAAGAAGAAGACUUUAAAGCAAAAUCAACAAAUUCAAUAUUUGAAUUACUUACAACUUUACGUAAAAUAUGUUCAGUUGUAUGGACUAAUCGUCUUGCACAAGUUGAAGAAUUACAUUUAAAUUUAUUACUUAAAAUGGUUGCUCUAUCAAAUUUUAAUGCAAAAAUGAAUUCAUUAAAAGAACUUGCAAAAAUAAUUGAAAAUUGUACAUCAAAUAUACAGAGUAUAGCUAAAGCAUCUAUUCCACGUGAUAUUGUUAGCGAAUGGGUUAUUGAACAUUCUAUACUUUCAAAAGCAUUAGAAGGAAAUAUUGAUCAAAAUCAAUAUGUAGAAAAAGUUCGAACAUUAAUGGAUUUUAUUGCACCAAGAAUUUUAAAAGAAGAUAUUGAAACUAUAUGGAAUAUGCAGCAUGGUCGAUCGUUAGUUGCAGUUGAUCAUUUAUUUACAUUAAUUGCAUCUGCAGCAGCAAAAUUUAAUUUAGAACAACUUAAUCAUCUUAUUGGUUUUAUUCAUAAUUCAUGGAAAAUUGAAACAAUUCUUAUACAAGAAAAACUUAUUGAAUUACUUGGUGCUAUUGGUCGAGAGUGUCAAAAAGAUUCUGCUGCUCGUGUUUUAGAAAUUUUAUGGGAUAUGGUACAUGAAGAUCGACUUAGUCGUUCAAUGCUUGAUCAUCUUUUACAUUGUCAUUUACGUGUAUUUAGUGAAGGUCGUUCACCAUAUGAUGCACUUAAACGUGAUUAUUGUCUUAAAUGUAUGACUGAUUUACAACGUAAACAAGGUUGGCUUGUACCAGCUAUAAAACAUUUAUAUGAUUUAUUACGUCAUGAUUCAACAAAUACAUUUAAACGUUCGGAACCUGAUCUUAUAUCAAUAUUAGUUAAUAAACAUGAUGUUAUAUCAGCAUUAAUACAAAGUUUAUCAACAUGUCAAUUAGAUGUUUGGAAUAAAACACAUGGACAUGUUACAAUUGAUACAUUAGUUGAUGGUCGUUUUACACAUGAAGAAUCAAUUAAAACACAUUUAGAUUUAUUAUCAUUUUUAUUAAAAAAAGGUAAUCUUUAUUUAAUAUUAAAACGUAGUGAAGAAUUAUGGGAUACAUUAAUAACAAAUGAAAAUGCAAGUCCAUUUGAUCGUGAACUUGGUUUAAAUUGGUUUAUAACAUGUGUUGAAGAUCUUAGUCGUGAUUCUCAAAUAGCUUUAUUUGAAAAACGUGUAUCAAAACUUGAUCCAAUACAUAUAUCACCUAAAGGUUAUGCUUGUUUUAAAUUAUAUUUUGAACGUUGUAAUUUGGAACGAUGGAGUCAAUCAAGAAGUUUUAAUUAUAAUUCAAAUGCAUCAACAUUAUUAAAUAAUGAAAUGUUAGAUCAUCAAUGUAUUGAUGAAUUAUGGAAUAUAAUUUUAUGUGUUGGUGAUGAUAAUCUUGCUAAUGAUGCAACACGUUUUUUACUUGAUUUAUAUUAUACAAAACAACCAAAUCGUACACGUCGUCCAACAGCUCAAUCACUUCAUGAAUGUUUUUUAAAAGAAGUUUAUACACGUUUAAGUUCAUUACUUAUACAUGCUAUACCACCAUCAAUAUCAUUAACAUCAAUAAUUGAACAAUAUUAUAAAUCAUUAAAACUUUUUGGUGAACAAUUAAUAACAAUUGAUAAUUCAAUAAAUUUAAAUGAAUCAUCAAUUAAUAUUGAUCAUCAAUUAUGGUUACAAAAUAUUGAACGUUUAUUUAUGAUAACAGAAGAAUAUAUUCAUAUUGUUGAAAAUGAACGUUCACCAACAGCUCAUAUAACAUCAUUUCAUGGUUUAGAAUAUCAAAUAAAGAUAAUUCUUGGUGAAUUAGGUAAAACAAAUUGUCCAUAUGAUAUAGUUAUUGUUCAUUCAAAUGAUACACUUGAAAUGUUACGUACACGUCUUGGACUUUAUUAUAAAGUUCCAUCACAUGAUAUACAUAUAUCAAUACAAAAUACACGUCCAUUACCUCAAUCUUAUGAUAAUUUAAGUCCAAUUAAUAAUGCUAUUGCAUUACCAUCAAAUGCUUCAUCAUCAACAAAUAAUAAUAACAAUAAUAAUAAUAACAAUAAUAAUAAUAAUAAUAAUAAUGUUCUUGGUUUAUGGUUAAAUUCAAAAUAUUUAUAUCAAGUUCAUAUAACACCAGGUACAACAGUUUAUAUAAAAAUUUUAGGAAAUACAUUUAAUCAAUCAUUAAUAAAAGCAAAUAAUACUGAACCAAUACGUUUAUUUUUAUCACAUUCAUCACAUAAUAAUAUUGAUAAUGAUAGUUUAACACGUUUAACACCAUCAAAUAUGAUGGCAGAAAAUCCAAAAGUUUAUGAUAUUUUAUAUAAAUUAUCAUAUUUAAAUAAUAAAAAUAUACAUAAUCGUAUAAGAAAUCUUCUUCGUUUAAUGCCAUCUGAUAUACGUAUUGUUGAUUUACUUGAUUUAAUAUCUAUACGUGCUGCAAAUGUAUCAACAAAUGAACGACGACAAUCAACUGAAACAAUAAAUAAUCAACAAAUAAAUCCAAAACAAGCAAUUGAAUAUGUUUUUAAUUUUGAUGAAUGUAGUUUAAUAAAAAUUUUAUAUAAUUUAGAAAUUUUAUCAAGUAAAAUUUUACCAUUAUCAAAUAAUAUUGGUAUAAAACAAAGUUCAAAAUUAUUUCGACAAGAUUUUAUUGAACAUGAAGGUGUUGAAUUUUUAUUUAAAUUAUUACAAUCAUUAAAUUAUCUUAUACAUGAUGAUUAUGAAUAUUUAUUAUGUCAAGAAAUAACAAUAUUAAUAUUACAAUUAAUACAAUUAUUAUUAUGUGGAAAUAAUCCAACAGAAGAUAUAAUAUUAUCAAGACCAAAUUCACCAAUAGCUAUAACAGCAAAUGAUAAUAUUCUUGAUACAAUUGAUUUUGAUUUUCAAGCAACUAUUGAACAUUUACAAUUUGAAGAAUUUAUUGGACAAAUAAAACAAUUAAUUUUUUUAUGUUGGGCAGCUGCUGCUGGAAAUAUACGUUUACAAGAACAAGUUUUAAAUAUAAAAGAACAAGUUAAAUUAGAUCGUCAUGUUUUAUUACAACAAAUUAAUGCAAAUGUUUUUUGUCGAAAUAGUAGUAAAAAUUCAACAUCAAGUGAUUCAUCAAUUAAUAAUAAUACUAAUACUAAUAAUAAUAAUAAUAAUACUAGUAAUAAUAUACAAAAUACUGUACAAUUUGGAAUUUGUGUUAAAAAAGAUUCAAUUUUACCAUUGGAUAGUGAAAUAGCUGAGAAAAUUAUUGAUAUUGUUAUGUAUUGCUUUGAAAAACGACCUGAAUUUAUUGGUAAGUAUGAACAUAUAAACAAAGUUUAUAUUUCAAAUGGAUCGUAAAAGUUUAAGACACUUUUACUUUUGAAGUUUUUCAUCGAAAAUGAGUAGCUAGGUCAUAUCAAAAUAGUGAUUUGGAUAGCUCUUGAAAUUUUCUAUCGAAUAUAAUAUGUGCCAAAUUUUCAAAAGAAACUUUGUGAAGAGAGUUUUACAGAAAACCGUACCAGGGGAGGAUUGCAAAUCUUAGAGAAUCUUGACAGAAAGAUUUUUCAAUAUAAGUAUCUGAAAGAACAGAAAAUUCUGAACAAAAUCAAGGAUCGUCCAGCUCUGUACGAUAUUUGGUCACAAAGUAAUAGGUAUUGGAAAAAAAUAAGCCCUACAAUUCGAUUAAAACCACAUUUUUUCUAAUGCUUAUAACUUUGUGACGGAAUAUCGUACAGAGCUGGACAACUGUUCCAAUAGAGUUCCAAGUGUA